AUGUCGAAGGGUGAACUAAUUAAGUUUGCAAGGUACAAGGCUUCAGUCAUAGACCCCGGCACUCUUGGACUUUUAACCAUUACAGAAAAUAAAAUUGAGUUCUGUGCCGAUCCCAAAUAUGCCACAAAGCUAUUUGAAGUGGGGCUUGAACAUAUUAAAGGACAUCAACACACCAAAGAAGGAUCACAUAAACCAGCCUGGCUAAAUCUCAACACAGAUAAGGAUGUGACUAGGACUAGGUACAUCUUUGAGCUCUAUAGUUAUCCAGAUCUUCAUGAAUGCGUUGAAUUUUUACGCAAGUUGCUUCUUGAGUUUAGCUGUAGAAAAGUUGGUUACAAAAGUUCGAUGAUAUUUGACACCAAGCCUAGUAGAAAGGUUACAUUUACUGAAGAGAUUAAGCACCGGAUAUUUGCUCUGAGGCCAGCUGUGCACCAGGCAUAUCUUAACAGUGUAGUUCCCGGAAAGACCAAAGAGCAUGACUUCUGGAGAAAGUAUUUCAAUGCUGAACAGGUCCGAAUGUAUAGUGCAAAGAAUGUUGUUGCGGCUGAAGCAGAAGCUACUGAGGAUGAGGAAAAGGCAGUUUUUUUGAAGGAUGAUGAACUAGUUGCAAGGGAAGCUCGUAGGAAGAUUCGACGUGUUGAUCCAACUUUGGAUAUGGUAGCUGAUCAAAGGGAUGAUCAUACACAUCUUCCUUUGCAUGGGAUCUUUCACCACGACAUAAAUGAUGAAGAAGUGCAGAAUAAUAAUCAAAAGAGGUGGAGGACUUUGCGGCAAGAUGUUAACAGACAAGGAGCUGUUGUUCUUCAAGGAAUAAGAGCUGUGGAAGAGGAAUUUACACGGCGUAGGUCAAAACAGGAAUAUUCUGAUGAUGAGAGUAGUGACGUGCAGCAGGAGAAGAGACUUGAUAGGAUUAGUUGGAUAACUGAGAUAGAGGACCUGGAAGAACCUCAUUCUGUUGCUCCAUUAUGUUUUGAUACGGAUCUUUGGGACUACUCGGAACUAGCUAGCGCUAAUGCAGGGCUUAAAACUUUGGACGAUUCAAGUACUGGAAGUGAACAAAAUAAAAAGGUGGUUACUGCUCAGGAAGCAUACGGCUCUUUGAGGGAGUCUAUAUCUGAAAUUAAGAGCAUUGGGCUGAGCAAUGCCACAGUUGGACUGAAAUUCAAUGUUGAGGAUUUUCUCAAGGAAGUAGGAAAAACUUCAGGUAUCAAGGAUCGACCUGCGACAGACAUGGACAUGUUGCCCAAAACCAAGUAA